AUGGUUGUUAAGAAAGUAGGUAUUCUUGGUGCUACCGGUACUGUUGGUCAAAGAUUUUUAACUCUUCUUUCUGAUCAUCCCAACUUUGAGGUUGCCGUCCUUGGUGCUUCUGCCCGCUCUGCCGGCAAGUCUUACAAGGAGGCAACCAAAUGGAAGCAAUCCGUCCCCAUGUCCAAGAAGGUUACCGACAUGAUUGUCAAGUCCUGCGAUGCUAAAGAAUUCGCUCAAUGUGACAUUGUCUUUAGCGGUUUGGAUUCUGAUUUCGCUGGUGAAAUUGAAAAGAACCUUCGUGAUGCAAACAUUCCUGUUCUUUCCAAUGCCAAGAACUAUCGUAGAACUCCAAAUGUUCCUUUAGUCGUUCCCACUGUCAACACUGAGCAUCUGGAUGUCCUCAAAUCUCAACGCAAAGAGAACAACCUAGAUCGUGGUUGCAUUAUUACCAACUCCAAUUGCUCUACUGCAGCCGUUGUCGUACCCCUUAAAGCCCUUCAAGAUGCCUUUGGUCCUAUUGACAAGGUAUCGGUUGUUAGUAUGCAAGCUAUUUCUGGUGCUGGCUACCCUGGUGUUCCUUGUCUCGAUAUGUUGGACAACGUUGUCCCUUAUAUCAGUGGCGAGGAAGACAAGAUUGAAUGGGAAACCCGUAAGAUUUUGGGUGGUGUGAAUGAAAGCCAAUCUGCUUUUGAAUUAAACGACACCGUUGUUUCUGCUCAAUGUAACCGGGUGCCUGUUAUUGACGGUCACUUAAUGUGCAUCUCUGUCAAAUUUGCAAAGGCGAAUCCUUCUGUUUCCGAUGUUCAUAAGGCUCUUAAUGAUUAUGUAUGUGAAGCUCAAAAGCUUGACUGCCACAGCGCUCCCAAGCAAGCUAUUGUUGUCUUUGAUGAAUCUUGUCCCGACCGUCCUCAACCCCGUUUAGACCGUGAAAACCAAAAUGGAUACGCUGUUUCUGUUGGUCGUAUCCGACCUGAUUCUAUUUUUGACGUUAAAUUUGUCUCUCUUGUUCACAACACUGUUUUGGGUGCCGCCGGUGCUGGUAUUUUGAAUGCUGAAGUUGCUGUCAAAAAGGGUCUUUUGUAA